GUUUUCUGUUCUCGGGCUCCUAACCUUGAAGGGAGACGAGUAAGGGGUCAGCCAGGCCCGGCCCCUGCCCUUUCCGAGAAUGGGUGAAUUUAAAGUCCAUCGAGUUCGUUUCUUUAAUUACGUUCCAUCAGGGAUCCGCUGUGUGGCUUACAAUAACCAGUCAAACAGAUUGGCUGUUUCAAGAACAGAUGGCACUGUGGAAAUAUAUAACUUGUCAGCAAACUACUUUCAGGAGAAAUUUUUCCCAGGUCAUGAGUCUCGAGCUACGGAAGCUUUGUGCUGGGCAAAAGGACAGCGACUCUUUAGUGCUGGACUCAACGGAGAGAUUAUCGAGUAUGAUUUGCAGGCCUUAAACAUCAAGUAUUCUAUGGAUGCCUUCGGAGGACCCAUUUGGAGCAUGGCUGCCAGCCCCAGUGGCUCUCAACUUUUGGUUGGUUGUGAAGAUGGAUCUGUGAAACUAUUUCAAAUCAACCCAGACAAAAUCCAGUUUGAAAGAAAUUUUGAUCGGCAGAAAAGUCGCAUCCUGAGUCUCAGCUGGCAUCCCUCUGGUACCCACAUUGCAGCUGGCUCCAUAGACUGCAUUAGUGUGUUUGAUGUCAAAUCAGGGAGCGCUAUUCAUAAGAUGCACGUGGAUAGGCAGUAUAUGGGUGUGUCUAAGCGGAAGUGUAUCAUAUGGGGUGUGGCCUUCUUGUCCGAUGGCACUGUCAUCAGUGUGGACUCUGCUGGGAAGGUGCAGUUCUGGGACUCAGCUACUGGGACGCUUGUGAAGACCCAUCUUGUUGCAAACGCUGACGUGCAGUCCAUUGCUGUCUCUGAUCAAGAAGACAGUUUCGUGGUGGGCACAGCCGAGGGGACAGUCUUCCAUUUUCAGCUGGUCUCUGUGACUUCCAACAGCAGCGAGAAGCAGUGGGUGCGGACAAAGCCAUUCCAGCAUCACACUCACGACGUGCGAACCGUGGCCCACAGCCCGACAGCACUGAUAUCUGGAGGCACUGACACCCACUUAGUCAUUCGUCCUCUCAUGGAGAAAGUGGAGGUAAAGAAUUAUGAUGCUGCUCUCCGAAAAAUCACUUUUCCCCAUCGACGUCUCAUUUCCUGUUCAAAAAAGAGACAGCUUCUCCUCUUCCAGUUUUCUCAUCACUUGGAUCUUUGGCGACUGGGAUCUACAGUUGCAACAGGAGGAAAAACCUCAGGGAAAUUUCUUGUUCCAGGAAAACAUGGGGAUACCCUUCCACUCUCUAAAGAUGCAGAUCAUUUACUGCACCUCAAAACAAAGGGUCCCGAGAACAUUAUUUGCAGCUGUUUAUCCCCAUGUGGAAGUUGGAUAGCGUAUGCCACAGCUUCUCGGUUUUUUCUCUGUCGGUUGAAUUAUGAACAUGACAACAUAAGCCUCCACAGGGUUUCCAAAAUGCCAGCGUUCCUUCGCUCUGCUGUUCAGAUUUUGUUUUCUGAAGAUUCAACAAAGCUCUUUGUGGCUUCAAAUCAAGGGUCUCUGCAUAUCUUUCGGCUGUUGGAAGGAAGCUUCAAGCACCUGCAUACUUUUCAGGCUCAGUCAGGGACAGUGGAGUCCAUGUGUCUUUUGGCGGUCAGUCCAGAUGGGAAUUGGUUAGCUGCAUCGGGCACCAGUGCUGGAGUCCACGUGUACAAUGUGAAACGUCUAAAGCUUCACUGCACGGUUCCUGCUUACAAUUUCCCUGUGACUGCUCUGGCCAUAGCCCCCAAAACCAACAACCUGGUCAUCGCUCAUUCUGACCAGCAGAUAUUUGAAUAUAGCAUCCCAGACAAACAGUAUACAGAGUGGAGCCGGACCAUCCAGAAGCAGGGGUUUCAUUACCUUUGGCUCCAAAGGGAUACUCCCAUCACACACAUCAGUUUUCAUCCCAAGAGACCAAUGCACAUUCUGCUCCACGAUGCCUACAUGUUCUGCAUCAUCGACAAGUCGUUGCCUCUUCCAAAUGACAAAACUUUACUGUACAAUCCACUUCCUCCCACAAAUGAAUCAGAUGUCAUCAGGAGGCGCACAGCCCAUGCCUUUAAAAUUUCUAAGAGAUAUAAGCCUCUACUCUUCAUGGAUCUUUUGGAUGAAAGAACACUGGUGGCAGUAGAAAGGCCCCUGGAUGACAUCAUCGCUCAACUCCCACCACCCAUCAAAAAGAAGAAAUUUGGGACCUAAAACAGGGCACUGUCUGUGUCCUUCCUUGAACUGUUCUACCCUAUGUGUUUUCACAAAUCAUGUUAAUAAAAAAAUGUUAUUCUUUA